CAACGGACAGUAGCGCCUGGGCGCCGUAGUCGUGCCGAGUUGCGUGCUCCCGAAAUAGCGGCCGGUCGGACUGAUGCGCUCUGCGUACCUGCUCUCUUCACGUGGCGUCGUGCUGCUGCUAGCCGAGUGAGCGACCGUCGAUUCCUUGGCGCUUGGAUUACCGGUCGAGAAAGCUGGAUGGGAUGGUCAUCCGGUCGGCGUCCGCCGAAGCGGUGGCCGUGAUCGCGCCCGCGGUCACGGCAGCAACGGCCUCCGUCACGACGACGCGGCGCCGGCCGCGCAAGGCGCCGCCGCGGCCCAGCUGCCGGUUGUCGCUUGUCGACGCCGUUGUGGCCGGCCUAGCCGCUGCAGCCGCCAAGAAGCACCAAUGGGAGGAAGGCGAGGCGAAGGCAGACGCUCCUGCCGACGAGGCCAAGGAGGACGGCUCGGUGACAAGCGACACGCGAAGCACUUCGCCACCACUGCCGGCCGAGACGCCUCCUGCGGAGCCGCGGUCUUCGCCGGUGGACAGCGAGCGUGCUUCGGCGGCGACGCCCAAGGCUCCCUCCUCGCCCAUGCAAGAUGAAGAGGUGGCAGUUGAGCCGGCGGUGCUCAAAGAAGAACCAGAUGACCGAGAGGUGCCGCCGCGCAAGACCAGCACUCCUGCUCGUGAUGAAGCGCCCCCGGUCCUUGCGCCCAUGGUCGUCGUCAAGAAGGAGGAAGAAGAGGAAGAAGGUGAUGACAUGAAUGAAGAGCUCGGUGGCGAAGAGGACGCCCCACUCGACUUUAGUCUCAAAAAACCAUCGGGAAGUGAUGUUGCUGAGUCGGGAGAUGAAGACAUGCCGAUCACAGAAGGCCCAUCUUCUAAUGGGGCCACCGAUUCGCCGCUAGACUUGUCGGUGUCCCGGCGAAGAGCACGAGUGGUGCCGCACGAUCACAAGCCUGCAAAACUGGGACGGCUAGAACCGACUCCUGGAGGACCCUGGCUUGGGGCUCGAAUACCGUCAGCUCCGGCACCAGUGAGCAUGGCCGCCAGGGCGAUUGGCUCCGAGCCACAUCACCAGCACCACUCUUGGAACGGCAAGGUGAAACGAGAACGAAGCACUUCGUCCGAACUAGGCCAUCCAACGGGCUCCGCAAUGAAAGUUGCUUUUCCUGAAAAGACGUCUAGUAAGGGAGAUGCGUUCCGGCCAGCAUCGAACAGGCAGAACCCGUGGCAAAGUCAGUGGAUCAGUCGGAGUGGUGAGCAGACGAAGGAUGUUUUCACAUGCGUCUGGUGCAAGGAAUCGUUUCAAUCUCUGGCAGACAUGACGCUGCAUAUGAAACAGUCUCCGCGCUGUGGCAUGGCUGGAAUGCAUGCAGCCGCACCGCCGCCACCUCCCGUUUCGACCGGCCACACCACUCCUCCCCCGCCAAAGCUUACGGCUACGCCACCGGGUGCCUCUGGAGCAACCACGAAAGACGGCGUGCCCCUUCCCCGAAAACUGGUUCGCGGCCAAGAUGUCUGGCUGGGAAAAGGUGCUGAGCAAACAAGGCAGAUCCUCAAGUGCAUGUGGUGCGGACAGUCGUUCAAGUCGCUUGCCGACAUGACAACGCACAUGAGGGUCACGCAGCACUACACAAACAUAAUCAGCCAGGAACAGAUAAUUUCAUGGCGGACUCCGGAGGACAAGCUCGCUAAUCAGUCGCAAGUCAACGCGGUACUCACGUGUAAGGUCUGCGACCAGGCGUUCGGCUCGUUGAAAGAACUCAGUUACCACAUGGUCAAGAACUCUCACUACAAGGAACAUAUUCUUCGCUCCAUCACUGAAGGUGGGGGGCGGCGCCGACAGACGCGUGAGCGGCGCAAGAAGUCGCUGCCUGUUCGCAAGCUACUUGAAUUGGAACGUAUGGAGAUGACGGCACGUUCUGGAGCACCAAGCAACCAGACGUCGCCGAGUCCGCUUGGCGCUGCUGAGUCCGAUGGCAAGAUUGCCUGCGAAGAGUGCGCCGAGAAGGUGGACGCCAAAGACUUUGUCCAGCACAUCAAAAGCUGCAGCCGCUCGCAGCAGUUGCUCAAGACCGCGUUGCAACAGCAGGCUCGACCCGAGCCCUGCUCUUCCAACGAGUCGCGCAAAAGCGCCGAGGACGAUACGACUCCGCCUCCACCACCGCCGCUGGAAUCGCCGCGUCCGCAGUCUGCCGAGCCCGAUCGUGCGGCCUCCGCCGAGUCGGAGAAGAGGCCCAAUUCUACGUCAUCGUCUUCAACGUCGGUCCUCAACGCAAUCGAAAGGCUCAUCGAGAAGAGUUUCGACAGCAAAGGCAAGCGCGGAGGACCUACAUCGGCUGGGAUACUGCAGCGACUCGGCAUCGACGAGGAAGUCUACCCUCCAUGGCAUCCCGCGGGCUCGCCUCGUUACGGUGCCAUCAAGUCAGCUGGCCACUCGCCACGGCUGACGGGAGGCCUCGCGUCGCCGUGCCCCUCCGAAGAGACGCCGGCCAACCACGCUUCGCCUCGCAGCGGCGUGUCUUCGCCUGACAAGGACGCGGAGCCGCCCGUGCUCGACCCGGAGCACCUCAGCCAACCUCGGUCCCCCGCGGAGUCCGUGUCGACGAGAGCCAGCUCGCCGGGCGCAGACGACCUGGUAAUCGCUGACGGCUUGCCUUCCCGGAGGUCGUCUGAGCGUGGUGGGCCGGACACGGACGAUCUGUCGUCGUCCUCGUCUUGCGACACGCCGCUGGCCGAGAUGAAGACUGUAUCUCCCAAGGCCAAGCAGAGCCCGCGAGCCGCAACCUCGUCGCGCUCCAGGCGUGGCCAACACAACGGUGAAGGCGACGCGGUCUCGGACCAUCCGCUCAAGGAGCUGCAGAAACUGCUGGACAAGACAGACGCGCACCUGUCGCGCGCCAAUGCGCCGCAGGCGGCAAGCCCUGGCUCUAUCCUGGCUUUCAGCUGGGCCUGCAGCGACGCAGCCACCUCGGACUCGCUCAUGAAAUGCGCCUUCUGCGACACGCACUUCGUGUCUAAGGGCGCCUACCGGCACCACCUCUCCAAGAUGCACUUCAUCAAGGAUGGCUCGACGGUGGCGCCGGGUGAUUCGCCUACCUGGAAGACCAAGGAGACGGCGCCCAAGGAGGCGUCGCAGGGCGCCGCCGGCAGCCACGGCCCGGCUAGUGGAUCGCCAGCCGCCUCGCCGCCGGCCAGCUCGCCAGCGGCUCCUGCCGACGAGAGCCCGCACUCCAAGUUUCUUAAGUACACGGAACUGGCCAAGCAGUUGUCCAGUAAGUACGUGUGACCCCCAGGGACUCGGCCGGACAGUUGUGUGGCUCGCCAAGCUGGGACGCGGAGCAAUCUUUCUAUGUGAUUCUCAUUCUUUCGACACCUCGUUCUUCGAACCCCGUUUGUGAUGAUGACAGUCUGCGGACUGAAGACUCUUUGAGUGAUUUGUGUGAGUAUGGCCAGCCUAUGCCCCAACUACGCCGCCUCCGGCGAUCGGGUCUUCACUUAAAGAUCUGGGCGACCGUUACUUAACUGACCUUAAUGCGGCUGCCCGCAACCAAGUGUUCAGGCUGGGGACGUUAGUCGCCUGGCAAUCCACAGAGUGGCAAUGCUCAAGCAAAAGAGAAUUCCACGCGCCGGUAGCAGUCACGAGGUGGCGGCUGGAAGGCAUUGGCUGGCUACCUUAAUGUGCGCGCCAGAACCAACAUUCCUUAAUUUAUGAACGUGAUGUAUGCCCUUUCGUCUUCUUUUGAUCAGUUUCUUUUGCGUUUAUUUUUUUAGCUCACUCUUGUCAUUGAUUACAUAUCGAUGGGAAGCGGAAAAUUUUCAGUGUUUGCAAUAAGGCAUUUGAAGCACGGGCGAUGGAAGAGUUGGAAGGCUCCGCAGGUUCUUUCCCAAAACACCGCGUCCUGUCCGUGUGUUCGGAAAAGAAUGGUAGAAGGACGGGACAGUGGUAGCUCAGAGGUUGUUCUCUAUGUUGCGCGUCUUGUCUACUGUUUCACAAGAGUAGUGACCGCAAGAAACAGUUCUGCAACUAUUCCGAGCGACAGCCCUUGUUUGUGACCACAUACCUUCUGCAGUGCACCUCGGUGUUCCAUAUCAAACCUUGUGAUGCUGUGUUUGUUUCUUGAGUUCUUCAAAAGAACAGCGCGAGUUAGCGAUGUGUCGAUGUUGUAGUGCUUGCACGGAGAACUGUGCUGGGAAAUGCCUUUAUACGUGUACAUAAAAACGACAUUUUCUUUUUUUCUUCGUGGGGUCUCAAGUCCUACAUGCAUAUAUUGUACUAUAGUUGAGUGUGAUUACCAAGAAUGAAUUACGCAUGGAUCGUCAGUUUCAGGCAGUCGCUUUUGUCCUCAUGCACGCUGAUGCUCACGUUUGUAUUGAGAACGCAAAGCGUUUGCAAAUAUCUUCAUUAGGACGGCUUCAGUUGGUUGCUCACAGAUGGCAAAAGCCGGCCCUCUGCGACUGGUUGCUGUUCCACAGCCGUCUGAACAACCAAAGAUGCGCACGUCGAGAUAGGCCUGUUCGCAGUCUGAACACAUUAUCACUCGGCAAGACCGCGAGAAUCUCGGCCGCCCAGCUCGCACCAAGAGGGCGGCCUUUUCUUCUCUUGCAGCUCUUUCUGUUCGUCUUUCACUGUCGCCGCUAAACUUCGCCACACGCCAGCAGGAGCCGUCGCUGCAGAGGAUCAGCGAGCCUGCUUUGUUGCCUGUUUCGCCGCUUGCGGGUCAUUCACGGGGGGCACGAACAAUAAAGAGAAACAGCUGUUUGCUUCGCUGGCUGCGCCUAAGCACUGGGCCGAUUGCUCUGCGGGGACCGCGAGGUGCGCGCGCACAGAAGGCCGUCAUCUAGGUCCUGCCAGGAUAAAAAAAAAACAGGAUAGAGGGAAUAAGGGCCGAGAUCGUAAUUUGAAAACUGCAAUGCGGCACGCGAGAAGCCGAGCCGGCGAGAUUGAAACGACGCAAUAACCGGUGAGAGCUGCUGUCGCGUGCAAGAUUCCGGGAAUGGUGCUGUGCAGCCAUGUAUUUUCACUUGGGGUGUCAGUUUUGGUAGGUGAAAACUCGUCCAGGAGACCGCAGCCGAGCUGCUCGUCGGCAGGACGGCAUCUUUUCUAUUAUGUAUCCGGCACGUAGAUUUGCGCACAGACCUGGCGCGAGUUCUGCGCCGCAAACGGCAAGAGGCCCCCUUCGCCAGAUACGUUUACGCAGAUAAUAAGGAAAUUUCGCCGCUGGGGCUUGCCGCAUUCUGCGCGCUCCUGGUGCGCGCGCGCAUUAGCAGGGCCGCUAUUCCUGGGUUUCUUUGCGACAACUUCGGAGGCGCCACCUUUGUUGGCGGGUGCCGCGUAAUUUAUAGAAGCACUUGUCUGACGCCCUCUUCGCGCUGGUCGCAAUCGCGUUGACUCCGCGGUGCGAUUCUGCCGACCGUGGCGCGCCACUUUGGCGAGGCACUGAACGCGCCCCGCUGGUGCCCCGGAAUGAGCCCUUUAGCUGCGCGCCGAAAUGAUGUUGCAUAUCAUGCCGAUGACGCUGCGUGGCGCGGAGGAAUCCCCCAUCCCUGGAAGUGGCGUGCGCAUUGGGGGCGGUCGCCACGUCGCACUUGGCUGCGGCCCUGCGUCGUCACGCGCACUCGGCUUCCGGUCCGAGCCCGCGACUUCUGUAAAGACUAAGAAAAAAAAAAAAACUGCUAAGCUGGCGAACGUUGUUGUAGCCUGUAUCUCGUUAUAUAAAGGAACCCGCGCACUCGUCUUGCAAUCGGGCACGCAUGCCUCCCGCGAUUCCCCGACAUCUCUCGAACCUGCGCCCCGUAUGUCUAUCUAGCCGAUCUCUAUUUCUCACAAACACACACGCUCUCACACCUCCUUCCCCGUUCUCGCGGUUCUUGUGGCGCUUCGGGGGUUUCAACCACGAGAAGUCCUCGCGGGCAAGCAAGCCUCCGUCGGCACGCGCUGCCGACGGCCCACGUCUCAAUCGAUCCCGGUAGAAGAGUGGACAAAAAAGCAAAGCUGUCGUCGUUCCUCCUCGUUUUAUGUCUCACACAAAAAAAGAAGAAAGAAAGAAGGUUACCUUUUUUUUCUGAUUUCAUUUGCUUAGUUCAGUCGAGACCGUUGCGUUUCGCCGCAUGUCCGGGGUCCCCUCUUAGCACAGCUGCUAAGCGUGUGAGUGGCUUUUCCAGUGUGUCUGCGCGUGUGUCUGUGUCCCGGCGAGCAUCACUCUCGCGGGGGUACAAAAAAAAAGAAGCACGAGGGCGGGAAGGGAAGGAGCACCGUACGACGACCUGUGUGGCCACUUGUCCCGCGAAAAAAAAAAGUGACAAAAUAGAAAAAAAAUAAGGGAGAAAAAAAAAUAACACGUGAUUUUUGUUUGUUGUGGUUCCCUGGAGAACGCAUUUGUUUCUGUUUUUGAGUUGGCAAGUGCUUCCACUUUUCCCGCAUUGUACAUACGACCAUUGAGACGAAAAACUUGAAAUUGUAUAUGUCUAUAUUCCUAUUAUUUAUUACUAAUAAACUCUAUAUCGCGACUGCGGAAA